AUGGUUACGGAUCAAUUUGGUAUGUUUGGGCUAUUAUCCUUCAUUCGCGCCGCUGAAAGUGAUCCUAAUUUGGUAGCAUUAGCUUUAGGAAACGACUUGACAACUUUAGGGCUCAAUUUAAAUUCUACUGAGAAUCUUUUCAAUACUUUCUCAUCACCCUGGAGUGAAACACAAGGACGACCACAAGAUAUUGAUUUUAAUGUUCCACCCGAAUAUUUGACUAAUAUGUAUAUAAGAGAUAAGUUGGCAGCGAUUAAAUUGAAUAGAUAUAAUGAAGAUUUGUUAUUUUAUUUGUAUUAUAAUUUUGGUGGUGAUUUUAUUCAACUGGCUGCUGCCAAUGAACUUUAUGAUAGAGAAUGGCGCUUUCAUAAAGACGACAGGGUAUGGAUCACAAGAGCUCCUGGCGUAGAUCCGCAGGUUAAAACCAACACAUAUGAGCGAGGCACCUAUCAUUACUUUGAUUGUCAUAGUUGGCGUAAAGUUGCGAAGGAAUUUCACGUUGACUAUAGCAAACUGGAAGAAAGACCUAGGAUCCCUUCAACAACGUCAUCAUCUAUUAAUUCUCAAUUGAAUUAA